ACCGGCCCGCUAAAGGGUCUCUCCCAUUAAACGCAGCAGCUUCGCGGUGUGGGUCGCCUAUCGAACCAGAGAUUCGCUCCACUGCGGAGUCCGGACUCGGAUUAUCGAUCAUUUCGGGAAGUAUAAUAAAAUAUUCUCCAGUUUCCUUCUGAUUUUCAUUCUUUUUGUUUCGAAAUUAUCCUUCUUCUGCUCCAGAUCGUUUCCCAGAGGAGUUCGAAGAUUAAAGGGUAACGACGACGCUGCAACUUUUCUCAGUAUCAGGCGCCAUUGUAAAGAUAAAGCAAUGGCUGAAGCAAAUAAUUCUAGUUUGGAAUCCCACUCAAAUCCUCAAGCUGUGUAUCGGUGUAAGAAGUGUCGUAGAAUUGUUGCCACGCAAGAGAGUAUAGUCACCCACGAAAGAGGAAAAGGUGAAUCGUGCUUCAAGUGGAGUAAGAGAAAUGGUAGUCCACGGGGAGGGGAGAACAAACCAGCUGAUUGCACCUCUAUAUUUGUUGAACCAAUGAAAUGGAUGGAAACCUUACAAGACGGCCAUGUGGAAGAGAAACUUGUGUGUAUCGGAUGCAAAGCUCGCUUGGGUUCCUUCAACUGGGCUGGUAUGCAGUGCAGCUGCGGAGCUUGGGUUAACCCUGCUUUUCAACUUCAUAAAAGCCGAUUAGAUGAAUGCCUAAUGUGAAUACAUUAGAAAGAAAAUAAAGGUUACUUGCGAUCAGUUAUUAUGAUGCUGCUAUUGGUUUUCUGGAGGCUCAUGCUUCUUUUCUUUUCCUAGAACUAUAAAUCUAGCAAUUUUAACUUGUUGAUUUAGUAGAGUAUUGAAAAGUUCAAUCCUUGGCAUUUUCACAAGUUCGAAUUGUUGGAUGCUGAUAUUGGGAAA